AACUAUGUUCUCUUCAUCCUCUUUCUGCCCCUCUUAAUAGCACGUCCUGUAGGAAGCCAUCUGUCUGAAGCCUGGGCAUCGCGAUGUCGCUGCUUAUCUUGAGUAUUGUGCUCUUGUGUUAUGUCCUGGCCGCCCUCGCGAGCAACUUUACCCUUGUCAAGACUUAUUCGGGGUCGAGCUUUUUCGACGAUUGGGACUACUAUGGUGGUUAUGAUGCCACCACUUCCGGCGACGAGUUGUAUGUCACCAGGGCCGAUUCCGGCAAUCUGACGUUCUUGAAUUCCGCGGGCAAUGCAGUCAUCAAGGUUGACAAUACUACUUAUGUCCUUUCCAAUGACAAACGCAACUCUGUACACCUUACCACCCAACAGUACUUUGGGGUCGGGACGGUAUGGGUCAUCGACGCCCAUCACAUCCCUUGGGGCUACUCUGUAUGGCCAAGCAUAUGGUCGUCGGGCGAUGAUUGGCCGAACAAUGGCGAGAUUGACAUCAUCGAGGCAGUCAACCUAAUGAACUUCAACCAGAUGGCCGUACACACCAGAAAUGGCUGCAAUAUUGAGGCAGGAGAUAGUCAAGCGGGCAAACUUACCCAAACCAACUGCUCUCUCGCACAGGGCUGCACGGUGCAAGAGACAACGGCGAACAGCUACGGACAGGAUUUCGCGAACAAUGGUGGAGGUGUCUUCGCCGCCCAGUGGGAUGUCAGCGGUAUAUAUAUUUGGUUUUGGCCCCGCAAAGCGGUACCUCAAUCUCCCACGGCUGCGACGAACUCGCUCGACAUCUCUGGCUGGCCAACGCCUUCGGCCUCCUUUGUGUCCGGCUCGUCCUGUGAUACCGCGAGCUUCUUUGGGCCCCAGAAGCUCAUCAUAGACAUUGUACUCUGCGGUCAAUGGGCUGAUGCUCCCGGUGUCUACGCUCAGACCUGCGGCGAUACGCAACCGAAUGCAUGCUAUCUCGAUAACGUCAUCUUCAACGGCACCUCCCAGUACGCCAACGCCUACUUUGAGCUAGCAUCUACCCGCGCCUUUUCACUGAACGGAGAGACGACCAUCUUCAAUAGCACGAAUACCACUUCUCCUACGAGCUCUUCUGGCUCUUCUGGUACACCUAGUACUUCGUCCGUCCCGAGCCCCACUGCCGGAGCCGGAGACACCACGAACGGAUUCGUACAGCUCCUUCCCGUACGAGAACUCACCCUGCUGUCUUUCGUUCUGGCAUUCUCGAUCCUGUCGCUGUAGACACAUAACUUUGUUUUUAUUGGUGUUUGGGGGAACAUUGUCUUUCACAGGAUUCUUUCAUUGGGUUGUUGUGUUAGCAUUAUUUAUGGUUCAGCGUGUAGUUACAGCUAGUUCUUCGUACUGAAAUUAAUAACAAACGUAUUCAGGGGAAGUUAUGCCUUGCA